AUGGCACUUGUGCUGCUCCCCGUCCCCGUCAGCUCGCCCGUCCCCCUCGCUCCCAUCGUCAUCGGCAGCCUCAAAGGCGCAAACAAGCGCACCUGGAUGGACUUUGUCGCGAGCGGUGCCGCCCACGAGCUGUACGAGGCUGCGUCGCCUGCCUCGGCAGGCGGCAUCGACAAGAAGUACCGCCCGCUGCGCCCCACCCCGCCUGGGAGUGCGGCCGCCUCGCGCAGCCCGUCGCGCGAGCGCGCGCCAGCGUCGGCCGAGACAAAGCCGCGCCGUAAGCGCCAGACGUCGCGCAAACGCGCUCGCACUGCCUGCAUCCCGUGUCGCGAGCGUAAGGUCAAGUGCGAGGGCGCGCAGCCGGGAACCAGCUGCACGCAGUGCGGUGUAGCCGGCGCGUCGUGCCACUGGCCCGAGGAGGACGGCCGGUCGACCGAGGCGCGUCGCGCUCAGCUCCGCGAGCCGCGCAAGCGCCGCCGCAGCGACGGCACGACGCCCACGGCGGACGCGACCCCCGCGUCGUCUGUCGUAUCUUCUACCCCGACAGCGGACGGCGUCACACCCAGCAGCGUGAACAGCGACGCGCUCGCGUGGAUGGACGACGAGUUCGUGUCCCCCACGGCGGACUUUACGCCCCUGUGGGACUAUGCUGCCCCCUCUGCCGCCCCGGCCUUCGAAUUUGACCUGUCCUCGGCGCUCGCGGCGAUGCCGGAACCCGCCGCGCCGCUGUCGUUCGACCUGCCCGGCUUCGACCUGGCGCACUUCAUGGGCCUUGACCCGCUCGCGGCCGCCGCGCUGCUGGACAACAGCGGCAACUCGGGUGUCAUGCCCCCGAUGCACGCGUAUCCCACGCCCGAUAAUCCGAAUGGCCGGCCCGAUUGGCCGCCAGUCGCUGAGACGGGUCUGUCGCCGGAACACGACGAGGAGAUCGAGCUUCCCGACUGCCACCGCGGCCCCAGAUGA